AGCCAAUCCAUAGAGUUGAUCUGAUCUCCAUGAUCGAUGCUUCACUUCUCACGCACUCCAAAAACCUCGCCUUCUAUAAAAGCCCAUUAUUGACUCAUCUGCCUUUCUCAAGGACAAUCGCUCCGGAACAGUGUUCAACGUCUUCUUCUCUUCUACCUCAGGUACCCACCCGCCCGUUCGAUCAAUGGCUGCUUCACUCUCAACCGUCGGAGCUGUUAACAGAGUACCGUUGAACUUGAAUGGCGCAGGUGCAGGAUCUUCAGUGCCUAGCUCAGCAUUCUUUGGCAGCAGCUUGAAGAAGAUAAAUUCCAAGAUCAUUAACCAGAAGCUCUUGUCAGGGAAUUUCAAGGUUUCUGCAGAAUAUGACGAGCAGAAGCAGACCUCCAAAGACAGAUGGGGAGCUCUUGCAUCUGACACAUCUGAUGACCAACAGGACAUUACUAGAGGAAAGGGAAUGGUAGAUUCUGUCUUCCAAGCUCCCAUGGGAACAGGAACUCACAACCCAAUCAUGAGUUCGUCUGACUAUAUCAGUCAAGGUCUUCGCCAGUACAUGGACAAUAAUAUGGAUGGUUUCUACAUUGCACCUGCAUUCAUGGACAAGAUCGUUGUUCACAUCACCAAGAACUUCUUGAACCUUCCAAAUAUUAAGGUUCCUCUCAUCUUGGGUAUCUGGGGAGGCAAAGGUCAAGGAAAAUCAUUCCAAUGUGAGCUUGUAUUUGCCAAGAUGGGAAUCAGCCCCAUUAUGAUGAGUGCUGGUGAGUUAGAAAGUGGGAAUGCUGGAGAGCCUGCGAAAUUGAUCAGGCAAAGGUAUCGCGAGGCAGCAGACAUUAUUAAAAAGAAGGGAAAGAUGUGUUGCCUCUUUAUCAACGAUCUAGAUGCUGGGGCAGGUAGGCUAGGUGGUACUACGCAAUACACAGUCAACAAUCAGAUGGUUAAUGCUACCCUGAUGAACAUUGCCGAUAACCCAACCAAUGUCCAGCUUCCUGGUAUGUACAACAAAGAGGAGAAUCCCCGUGUUCCUAUCAUAGUUACAGGCAAUGACUUCUCUACAUUGUAUGCCCCUCUCAUCCGAGAUGGUCGUAUGGAGAAAUUCUACUGGGCUCCCACUCGUGAAGACAGGAUUGGUGUGUGCACAGGGAUUUUCAGGACUGACAAUGUUCCCAAGGAGGACAUUGUAAAGCUUGUCGACACUUUCCCAGGACAGUCCAUUGAUUUCUUUGGUGCUAUCAGAGCCAGAGUGUACGAUGAUGAAGUGAGGAAAUGGAUUUCCUCGAUUGGCGUAGAAAAUGUAGGGAAAAGGCUCGUUAAUUCAUUGGAAGGACCUCCAACUUUUGACCAGCCAAAGAUGACUCUUGAGAAACUCCUUGAGUAUGGUAACAUGCUUGUCAGCGAGCAAGAGAAUGUGAAGAGAGUUCAAUUGGCUGACAAAUACUUGAAAGAAGCAGCUCUUGGAGAUGCAAACGAAGAUGCUAUGAAUAAUGGAUCUUUCUAUGGCAAAGCAGCCCAGCAAGUUAGCAUUCCUGUUCCAGAAGGCUGCACCGACCCAUCAGCUGAAAACUUUGAUCCGACUGCUAGGAGUGACGAUGGGAGCUGCCUCUAUCAAUUUUAAGUCUGUCCAGUCCAUUGCAUUUUGCGGGUAUUGUAAAGUUAAUAUAUAGGAUUGACUGUCAGUAAAAAAUCUGUUUUGCAGAUUGAUAUAUCCUGUUGUUGUGUCCAAUCUUAUAUUUAUUUUUGAUAUAAAUGAAAAUAAUAAUAAUAAGAAAAAUAGCUAUA